CUCUGGCGUCCCUCUCCUCGCGGGCAGAGCCCGGGGCCGUCUUUGUCCCGCGAGAGGUGAGGACGAGAGGCUGUCUUCGUCGCCCGCUCCCCGGCCUGUGCGUCCGGCCGGCCGGAUGGCUGCGUCCGCGCCCGUGGACCAGGCUCAGGUUUCCAUGACAGCAGAAGUGCAUACAGAACUCAUGCCGGACCGUGUGACCUUUGAGGAUGUGGCCAUUUGCUUCUCACGUGAAGAAUGGAAACUUCUUGACGAGACCCAGAGGCUCCUAUACCUCAGUGUAAUGCUGCACAACUUUGUACUUACCAACUCUCUGGGUUGUGGGCAUGGACUCAAAGAUGAAGAGACACCUGGGCAGAGGGUUUCUAUGGGAGCGACACAGGUUAGGCCUUCUGAGGCAACUCCUUUUGCACCAGAAACUCACCUCUGUGCAGUGUGUGUCCCAAUUCUGCACGAUAUUUUUCACUUGGCUGAGAUACCUGAGCAGAAACACAGGGUAGGGGCAUGUGCAAAAGUUCACCAACACCAAAAACAUACUAGGAGAGAGAAUCCCUUGAAGAGGGACAACGACAAAGCCUCACAUUGGACACGACGCCUUUUCCACACGUCAGCCAAAUCUUUUCCCAGUUGGGAGGUUGAGAAGGACCUGCCAAUCAUAUCGAGCCUUCUCAAGAACCUGGCUUUGCCCAACAGUAAAAAGUCCAAUAAAAUCACUGAGGGGAGGGGAAAUAUUCCUAAUCCUAAAAGUCAGAAUAAAAUCACUGAGGGGAGGGGAAAUAUCCCUAAUCCUAAAAGUCAGAAUAAAAUCGCUGAGGGGAGGGGAAAUAUUCCUAAUCCUAAAAGUCAGAAUAAAAUCACUGAGGGGAGGGGAAAUAUUCCUAAUCCUAAAAGUCAGAAUAAAAUCACUGAGGGGAAGGGAGACAAGCCUGGUCCUAAAAGUCACAAGUCAGGAGAAUGUAAAAGAUCUACAAGUGACAAACACCCUCUUGCUCACCAGCCAAAAGCCUCCUCUGGAAAAAAGCUUUAUGAGUGUAACAAAUGUGGGAAAACCUUCCGUGGCAAGUACUCACUCGAUCAGCACCAGAGAGUCCACACUGGAGAAAGGCCUUGGGAGUGCAGUGAGUGUGGAAAGUUCUUUAGCCAAACCUCCCACCUGAACGAUCAUCGGAGAAUCCACACUGGAGAAAGGCCUUAUGAGUGCAGUGAAUGUGGAAAACUGUUUAGACAGAACUCUAGUCUUAUUGACCACCAGAAAACUCAUACGGGCGCAAGACCUUAUGAGUGUAACCAGUGUGGGAAAUCCUUUAGCCAAAAGGCUACUCUUGUUAAACACCAGAGAGUUCAUACUGGAGAAAGGCCUUAUAAGUGUAGUGAAUGUGGAAAUUCCUUUAGCCAAAGUGCCAUUCUUAACCAACACCGGAGAAUUCACACUGGAGCAAAGCCUUAUGAAUGUGACCAGUGUGGAAAAUCCUUCAGCCAAAAAGCUACCCUUAUUAAGCACCAGAGAGUUCACACCGGAGAAAAGCCUUAUAAGUGUGGUGAAUGUGGGAAAUCCUUUAGUCAAAGCUCCAUCCUUAUUCAGCACCGCAGAAUUCAUACAGGAGCAAGGCCCUAUGAGUGUAGCAAGUGUGGAAAGUCUUUCAGCCAGAAGUCUGGCCUUGUUCAACAUCAGGUAGUUCACACUGGAGAAAAGCCUUAUGAAUGUGACCAGUGUGGGCUUUCCUUUAGUCAAUGCUCUAGCCUUAUUCAUCACCAAAAAUGUCACAACACGUAGAAGCCCUGUGAAAUUGCCAAUGUGGAGAAGCUUUCAGACUAAGGCCUCCCAUUUCACUCCUGAAAGUUCAUAUUGGAGAGCAGCUGUAGAUCCAUAGGGCAUGCCUUCUUUCUUCAGUAUUAUGUUGCUAGAGAACCUUUGUGAAGGAGUCACCUCUGAAGUUGAAGUUGCAUGACUUCCAGCAUUUAGUAGUGUGACUUUCCCCAUGAGCUUUCACAUGAAUGAGGCUUACAGAGCUUGCUCUUUAUCUACUGAGCCUCUCAGGGCACCUGCCAUUUAUAUGCUUUUCAGUUUCUCUGGUAGAAGUCACCAUCCUCUACCACCAUGCUCAAUGUAUUCUGGUCACCUCAUCAUGCUAAAAAAACAAUGUCUGCCUACUGCCUGGAGGGAGUCUUGAACAGGGUUUGUGGAGAACUUGUUCUCUUUUUGUUCAUUGGUUGGAGCAUACACUUGACUCGGUUUUUACCAAGAAGAUCUGAUCUGUAGUCUUCUGAUAGCUUCUACAGAUUUCUUACCUCCUUCAUGGACAAGUUUUUAAUCAGUGUCACAUGACAGCUGGGUGAGUGUUUCCAACCUUCCCGUCACAAGUGGGUAACUGCCUUCUUCACAGUGCUCUGCUUUAUAUGCUAAUGGAUGCCUUAUUCCUAAAGAUACCUUCAACCUUGGAGUUUACUAUGUGGGAAGACUAGACUGUAGACUUCGUCUGCUUGGAAUGAAAGGGUAGAUGGCUUUUGUGGGUGUCUGAAGUUUGUGUGCCUCAACAUGUGCAGUGGGGCGCAGAAAAUAACUCUCACUCUGGUUUUGGUCAGAUUUGUAUUGCUGCCCAAAACUAGGAAACUGCAGGGAUUUUUGUUACCCUAAUUUGCAACUUGGAUGCCUGUCCUUCCUGUGACAUAUCAUGAGGAGAAGUGGUCUGUCACCACAAGUUCCUGUCUUCGUGAGAAUGGGAUGCCUUUGCUCCUUCUUCCUCAGAGGACGUCACAUUGCCCAGGAUGUAGAGGUGA